AUGUCUUUCUUCCACGAUGCAAAGGCGGCGCUUCACAGCUUCGCCACGGAUAUCAAGCAGGAGCUAAACAUCAUCGAAGGGGCUAUUGAAAAUGAGAUUCAUUCACACACUCACCUGAACGAGGCAUGCCACAACCUGCAUAUGCACACCCGCGACAACCGAUUCCACAGCUUCGCGCCGGCGAGGAGAGGCAACGAUGCAAAGUGGUUUGUUGAUGGCUGUGGCUACUUCUGGGCUGUUUCUAUUGCUCUCGAGGAGGCAAAGGAGAGCAUCUGGAUCUUGGACUGGUGGUUGAGUCCAGAGCUCUAUCUGAGAAGGCCCCCGUCGCAAAAUGAGCAGUAUCGGCUUGAUCGAAUGCUUCAAGCAGCAGCCGAAAGAGGGGUCAAAGUCAACAUCAUCGUCUACAAAGAGGUGUCCGCCAUCCUGACACUAUGUUCCGAACACACCAAAAAAGCUCUCGAGGCACUGCAUCCCAACAUCGCCGUCUUCCGCCAUCCGGAUCAUGCUCUUAGUGGACAAGUAGUCGAGUCUGAGAUCUUGUCCGGCAUCAAGAACUUCUCCUUGAAGUCUCUCAAGCUGGCGAAUGUUGGGGAGGAUGCAUUGCAUGCACUGUACGGUGUGAACAACGAUAUCAUCCUCUACUGGGCUCACCACGAAAAGUUGUGUCUCAUUGACGGAAAGAUCGCGUUCAUGGGCGGUCUGGAUAUGUGUUUUGGUCGCUGGGACACGAACUCGCAUCCUUCCGUUGACGUGCACCCUACUGACGUCAACUUGACUGUUUUCCCAGGUCAGGACUACAACAAUGCUCGGAUCUACGAUUUUGAGGAUGUCACGAAGUAUAUGGACAACAAACUGGAUCGUACGAAGAAUGCAAGAAUGGGAUGGUCUGAUCUUUCGAUGUGCUUGCAGGGCCCAGUUGUCGAGGAUCUGCGAGCUCAUUUCGUGCAACGUUGGAACUUCAUCUACAACGAAAAGUAUGAUGUUCAGAGGGAUCGGCGGUAUCAUGCCUUGACCUUGACUUUUGCGGAUAUCCCGGAUGGGUAUUACCACACUGAUGGAAAGAAUGUCAGGUUGGCACCUGUGGAGAGAGAUCUUGAUCCUGAGGAUCCCGAGUUGGCUUCAAGUGAGCAUCGUGGCCUCAGUGGUAUGGCUAGUCGGGCUGGGGGGUAUUAUGACAGGCUUCGGGACGGAGUCCAUGAUGGAAUCGGUCAAAUCUCAAGACACGGAACCCUGGGCAGGGAUGCAGGGUUCCACGAGCCAACUUCAGGCAUGGGCAUCCAGCUGGUGAGAAGUUGCACUCGGUGGAGUAAUGGUGUUUCGACUGAGCACUCCAUUGCAAACGCAUACAUCGGAGUCAUCCGCAACAGUCGGCACUUCAUCUACAUCGAAAACCAGUUCUUCAUUACAGCAACAAGUGAUGCACAACACCCCGUCAGGAACAAGAUUGGAGCCGCCAUCGUCGAGCGUUGCGUUCGAGCGUAUCAGAACGGCGAGAAGUACAAGGUCAUCGUCUGCAUGCCCUCCGUACCCGCCUUCGCAGGAGAUCUCCACGCAGAUGACAGUCUCGGUACGCGAGCAAUCAUGGAAUAUCAGUACUUCAGCAUCUGUCGUGGCGGCCACAGCAUCAUGGAAGCGAUUGAACAAGCGGGCGUCCCGGAUGCGAAGCAAUACAUUCGUUUUUACAACCUGCGGAGCUACGAUAGGAUUAACGUCGGCCAAGCGAUCAAGAAAGUUGAGGAGGAGAGCGGUGUGCAGUAUAGAGAUGCUAGAAUGGAGCACGAUGAUCUCGUUGGUGCGGGGUAUGAUGGACAAGGAUACGGGACUGGCGCUGCUCCCGGCCAGGCGAAUCCGGAAUAUGAUGCAUACCAGCAAGCUGGGUCUCAGGUGCUUGAUGGGAGCAAGUACGACAGUGUUGCUCCGUGUUACACGGACGGCGUUCCUUCUAUCAAAGAUAUCCCCUGGUCCGGGACCGAGGAAGAAGAAAUGGAAGCCUUUGUUAGCGAAGAACUCUACAUCCACACCAAGCUCCUGAUCGCAGAUGACCGCAUCGUAAUCUGCGGCUCCGCAAACCUCAACGACCGCAGCCAACUUGGCUACCACGACUCCGAAAUCGCAGUCGUGAUCGAGGACCCCUCAACAAUCGACUCUGUCAUGGACGGACAGCCAUUCCAAGCCUCUCGCUACGCAGCCUCCCUCCGUCGCCAACUCUUCCGCAAACACUUGGGCCUGCUCCCACAUCAAGAUUACACCAAACCGGAUGCGAACUUUAUGCCGAUUAACAAGGACCCAAACAUCUACGAUUGGGGCAGCGCCGCCGAUUUCCUCGUCCGUGACCCGAUGUCCCGCGAGUUUGGGAAUCUGUGGAAUGGCACGGCGCGGGCUAAUACGGAGGUCUUUGAAAAGGUGUUCCAUUGUGUGCCGGCUGAUAAUGUGAGGAAUUGGAAGGAUUAUGAGAACUUCUUUUCGAAGUACUUUGUGGGGAAUGGAAAGGAGGGGGAGGAGAAAGUGGAGCCGAAGUAUGCGUAUGGACAUGUUGUUAAGGAGGAGUUUCCGGGGGGUGUGGUGGAGUUAAAGGAGUGGUUGGAUAGGGUCAGGGGGAAUUUGGUGGAGAUGCCGUUGCGGUUUAUGGAUGGCGUGGAUUUUGCAAGGAGUGGGUUGAAGCUGAAUGCGUUGACGGAUGAGGUUUAUACUUGAGAGGUGAGUGUUGGGGUAUGUUUUCUGGAUACGGGUUUAGCAUGGUUUUACGUUGGGUAAAAGUGUGCGUGCAGCAUUUCGUGGUUUUCGCCAUCUCUUGCGUUUUCAAUCCCAAGUUGGCUUCCUCCCUUGGUGGAGGUUGGGAUCUUUCCGCCUGGAUAUGUAAGCAUGGCCUUUUCCCGAGAUGCAUUUUCAUUGGCCGGAUGGAAGACGGUUGUGACGUACUUGAGCAUGCAGUCAGCUUACUCCGUAUGUCUUGUCAUUUAAACUUUCGGGGCUCCUUCCAAUCCUGACAUCUCUAAGUAGAGAUCAGAUUCUUUUCCUCGCCGAGCUUGAUUCAAUAAUUUCAUGCAAGGAACUAAGACUGGAUCAGCUUCGACGCAGUGGU